AUCAGCGUGUUGUUAGCGCACUUCUCUCAGCCAAUCGGCUUGCUCCCUGCUGAGGCGAGCUGAGCGGAUCUCCAGUAGUCACAUGACUGAGCCAUUUUUUUGAGCUGCAGAGUGAUUGCUAACAGCUCACUUAUUAAUCAUCAUGCCAACCACUCAGCAGUCACCCCAGGAUGAGCAGGAGAAGCUGCUGGACGAGGCUGUCCAGGCCGUCAAAGUGCAGUCUUUCCAGAUGAAGCGCUGCCUGGACAAGAACAAGUUGAUGGAUGCACUGAAACAUGCCUCUAACAUGCUGGGGGAGCUCAGGACCUCCAUGCUGUCUCCUAAAAGCUACUAUGAACUAUACAUGGCCAUAUCAGAUGAGCUACACUACCUGGAGGUUUACCUGACUGAUGAGUUUGCUAAAGGCCGUAAGGUGGCUGACCUGUACGAGCUUGUACAAUACGCCGGGAACAUCAUCCCCAGGCUGUACCUGUUGAUAACGGUGGGCGUGGUGUACGUGCGCUCCUUCCCUCAGUCACGUAAGGACAUCUUGAAGGAUCUGGUGGAGAUGUGUCGUGGUGUUCAGCAUCCUCUGAGAGGUCUGUUCCUGAGGAACUACCUGCUGCAGUGCACACGCAACAUCCUGCCUGACGACGGGGAACAGGCCGAGGAGGAGAUGACCGGUGACAUAAACGACUCGAUCGACUUUGUCCUACUGAACUUUGCUGAGAUGAAUAAGCUGUGGGUGCGAAUGCAGCACCAGGGCCACAGUCGUGACCGCGAGAAGCGAGAGAAAGAGAGGCAGGAGCUGCGCAUCCUCGUCGGCACCAACCUCGUCCGACUCAGCCAGCUCGAGGGUGUCAACGUCGAGAAAUACAAACAGAUUGUUCUGGCAGGAGUCUUGGAGCAGGUGGUGAACUGCAGAGAUUCUCUGGCUCAAGAGUACCUCAUGGAGUGUAUUAUACAGGUUUUUCCAGACGAGUUCCACCUCCAGACCCUGAACCCGUUUCUCCGAGCGUGUGCGGAGCUCCACCAACACGUCAAUGUCAAGAACAUCAUCAUAGCUCUAAUUGACAGGUUGGCGCUGUUUGCUCACAGAGAAGAUGGACCUGGAAUCCCAGCUGAAAUCAAACUCUUUGAUAUUUUCUCUCAGCAAGUGGCCACAGUCAUCCAGUCUCGUCAGGAUAUGCCGUCAGAGGACGUGGUGUCUCUGCAGGUGUCCCUCAUAAACCUGGCUAUGAAGUGCUACCCUGAACGUGUUGAUUAUGUAGACAAGGUUCUGGAGAGCACCGUGGAGAUCUUCAACAAGCUCAACCUGGAACACAUCGCGACGAGCAGCGCCGUAUCCAAGGAGCUCACCAGGCUUCUGAAGAUUCCUGUGGAUACCUACAACAACAUCCUGACGGUCCUGCAGCUCAAACACUUCCCGCCGCUCUUCGAGUACUUCGAUUACGAGUCACGCAAGAGCAUGAGCUGCUACGUGCUCAGCAACACGCUGGACUACAACACCACCAUAUUGGGUCAGGAGCAGGUGGAUGCAACCCUGAACCUGGUGUCCACACUGAUCCAGGAUCAGCCAGAUCAGCCUGCUGAGGAUCCCGACCCGGAGGACUUCGCAGAGGAGCAGAGUUUAGUGGGUCGCUUCAUCCACCUGUUACAUUCAGACGAUCCGGACCAACAGUACCUGAUAUUAAACACAGCCAGGAAGCACUUCGGAGCCGGGGGUAAUCAGAGGAUCCGCUACACGCUGCCCCCACUGGUGUUCGCCGCCUAUCAGCUGGCCUUCCGCUACAAAGAAAACGCCUCCUCGGACGAUAAGUGGGAGAAGAAGUGCCAGAAGAUCUUCUCCUUCGCCCAUCAGACCAUCAGCGCUCUGAUCAAGGCCGAGCUGGCCGAGCUGCCUCUGCGUCUCUUCCUGCAGGGGGCGCUCGCCGCCGGGGAGAUCGGCUUCGAGAACCACGAGACCGUCGCCUAUGAGUUCAUGUCCCAGGCGUUCUCUCUGUAUGAGGAUGAGAUCAGUGACUCUAAAGCCCAGCUCGCAGCCAUCACGCUGAUCAUCGGCACCUUCGAGCGCAUGCGCUGUUUCAGUGAAGAGAACCACGAGCCUUUGAGAACCCAGUGCGCUCUUGCUGCCUCCAAACUGCUGAAGAAACCCGACCAGUGCCGCGCAGUCAGCAUCUGCGCUCAUCUCUUCUGGUCCGGACGCAACGUCGACAAGAACGGAGACGAGAUCCGUGACGGGAAGCGUGUGAUGGAAUGCUUAAAGAAGGCCCUGAAGAUUGCUAACCAGUGCAUGGAUCCGUCUCUGCAAGUGCAGCUCUUCAUUGAGAUCCUUAACCGUUACGUGUGUUUCUACGAGCGAGAGAACGAUGCGGUGACUGUUCAGGUCCUGAACCAGCUGAUCCAGAAGAUCCGUGAGGACCUGCCCAACCUGGAGGCGAGCGAGGAGACAGAGCAGAUCAACAAACACUUCCACAACACACUGGAACACCUUCGUCUGCAGAGGGAGUCGCCUGAGUCG